UGUGCCGUCUCUGUGCUAAGACUUGUUAUUCGUUUAUAGUUAUGAAUUCAUUUUUAAUCGUGUUAUUUACAUCGCUUAUUAUAAAUCAUGGUGCAUCCGAAAAAACUUAUAAUAAAAAUCUUGAUAACACAAAAAAACAACGAGAAUGUAUCGAUAUAUUAACAGAGAAUUUAAUAUCGCAAAAUUGGUCUGAGGAUGAGAAACCCUGUUUGGAUGAAAUACUUAAAACGAUUGUAAAUAUUAAAAAUUCAACACUUUGGGCAACAUGGAUUUGGGACAGUAAUCAAUUACCAGUCGGUCAACUGAUGGGUUCAAAACAUCAUCUUGGUAAUUACGAUCAAUGUAUUAGUGAUGUGAUUGGUACGACCACUCCACCGUUCCGUACCAAAUAUUGUUUAGCCGACAUCGUACUGCAUUUUAACGAGGUACCGAAAUUGAGUGCACAGGAUAUUGACCCUUAUGGACGUACUGAGGAACAAAUUAACAUGAAAACAGAAUGGAAUCAACGUUUUAAUGUCAUAACAUGGGGCGUAUGUGUACCACAGACGUGUCAAAAGGAAUCAGUAAAAAAAAUCUUACGCACUCUAUUAGGACAGAGUUAUUUAGGAAGAUUGAAAUUACAAUCACAUAUAAAUAUAGAGAAUUGCGAACUUGCAGGCGAAGCGAAGAACCAUGUUGAUGGAUUUAAUAUUAUACUGUUUCAACAUAAUCAAAUGUUUUUGUAUAAAGAGAAACACUAA